AUGCGAGUGAAGAAGGCCAAGAAAAGUACGAGCAAGGCGGCAGAGGCCGUGAAGCGGCACACGAAGCAGCAGAAGGCCGGUUUGAUCCUCCCGGUCGCCCGCAUCGAGCGCUACUUGCGGGCGGGGCAGUGGAACCCGCGGACGAGCCCCCUCUCGGCGGUGUACAUCGCUGCCGCCCUGGAGCACGUCCUGCGGCGGAUCCUGGCCCUGUCCAUGGCGUGGGCCGACGCCAUGCACCGCGUCCGCAUCACGCCGCUCAUCGUCGCGCUCGCCGUCAGGGCUGACCCUGAGCUCAACGCCCUGCUCGGCGACGCGAUGUUCAAGGACGCCCGCCCGGCGGAGUACGUCCUCUAA